CAAAACUGAAAGAACCCAUGUCGCCAAACGCUAAACCCACUUGUUAUAUAAUUUUCUUCUUUCUCUUCUUAACCGUCUCUUACGCCGUCUCCGACCACAAGCUAACCGCUUACGACGCCGUCAAACGCUACAGCUUACCACCGGGAAUCCUCCCAAAAGGCGUCGUUAACUACGAGCUUAACACCAAAACCGGCGAUUUCAAAGUCUACUUUAACGACACUUGUGAGUUCACCAUCCAAUCGUACCAGCUCAAGUACAAAUCAACCAUCUCCGGCGUUAUAUCCCCCGGUCACGUCAAAAAUCUGAACGGCGUUAGUGUUAAGAUUCUUUUCUUCUGGGUUAAUAUCGCUGAAGUGUAUCUUGACGGCGCCGAUCUCGAUUUCUCCGUCGGUAUCGCGUCGGCGAGUUUCCCGGCGGCUGAUUUCGAAGAGAGUCCUCAAUGUGGUUGUGGGUUUGAUUGUAAUGGGCUUUUAUUUUCUUCUUAACUCUACUGGGCCUUGUAUUGUAUACUGAAUAAAAAAAAAAGGUCUUAUGUUAUAA